GGGAGCAGGGAGGCCUGAGACCCUUAAAUCCACAGUGAAUACACCUGGGGAUUGAGGGGCCUUGUAACCAGGUCCUCUGCUGCAAUCUUAGCACCUACUGUGCACUCAGAGCUUGACUCACACUGCAGCUGUAAGCCUAUUGCACAGACGAACACAUCAGGCAGAGAUUGCAGACUGGUCAGUUUUUUGAAGAGCCAAGACUAUCUAUCAUGUGCUGUCACUCCAAGGCAGACAAUCAAGGCUGUGGGCUGGCCAGAGGGCUGGUCACAAUUUCUUCUGCCCCUGCACCUGCUGAUGGGAUUUAGGGAAGAUAAAAGUGGGACUUCCCAGUGCUCACUGGACACUGCAGACACAGCUACCAACUGGUACCCACAGUGUGGAUGUCACCCCAGCCUGUGGCAGGAGCUGGCUGGCCAGAACAUGAGUUGGAUUCUAUACCUGAGCCUCACCCUUUGCCUGAUGGUGCAGACAGCCCUGGGUGCUCAGCACACCAAGGAACCUCUAGUGAUUACCAAAUAUGGGACCCUCCAAGGAAAACAGAUGCACGUCGGGAAGACACCCAUCAAUGUCUUCCUAGGAGUGCCCUUCUCCAGACCGCCUGUGGGUGUCCGCAGGUUUGCUGCCCCAGAGCCCUGGGAAGGAAUCAAAAACGCCACCACCUAUGCCCCUGCGUGCCUUCAGGAGUCCUGGGGACAGAUCACCUCCAUGUACUUCAACACGCGUAAACAGUACAAGUGGCUGCGCUUCAGUGAGGACUGUCUGUACCUGAACGUGUACGCUCCAGUGCGCGCGCGUGGGGACGCUCCGCUGCCGGUGAUGGUCUGGUUCCCAGGAGGUGCCUUCCUCGUGGGCUCCGCUUCCACGUACGAUGGCACGCAGCUGGCCUCUCGCGAGAAAGUGGUGCUCGUGCUUCUGCAGCACAGGCUCGGCAUCCUGGGUUUCCUGAGCACGGGCGACAGCCAGGCCCGCGGGAACUGGGCGCUGCUGGACCAGGUGGCUGCUCUGCGCUGGGUACAAGAGAACAUCGCAGCCUUCGGCGGAGACCCACGCUGCGUGACCCUGUUUGGCCAGUCUUCGGGGGCCAUGUGUAUUUCGGGACUGAUGAUGUCACCCCUAGCCCGCGGUCUCUUUCAUCGGGCCAUUUCCCAGAGAGGCACCGCAGCACUCAGAGCCUUCAUCACUCCUGACCCGCUGAGGGUGGCCAAGACAGUUGCCCGCCUGGCAGGCUGUACCUACAACAGCACACGGAUUCUGGUAGACUGCCUGAGGGCACGAUCAGGGGCUGAGGUGAUGCAUGUAUCUAAGAAGAUGGGAUUCUUCCACCUGAACUCCCAGAAAGACCCUCAGGAGGUUGUGUGGUUCAUGAGCCCGGUGGUAGAUGGUGUGGUGUUCCCAGAUGACCCAGCGGUACUCCUAAGCCAGGGGCAAGUUGCACCUGUGCCCUAUCUUCUGGGUGUCAACAACCUGGAGUUCAGUUGGCUCUUACCUUUUAUCAUGAAGAUCUCACUAAACCAGUUCAUAAUGAGAAAAGGAAUCAUCACCAAGCUGCUCUGGAGAACCAGUACCCUGUUGAAUAUCACCAAAGAGCAGUUACCACUGGUGAUGGAGGAGUACCUGGGUGACAUUGAUGACCAUGACUGGAAAAUGUUAAGAAACCGUUUAAUGGGCCUAGCUGGGGAUGCGAUCUUUGUGUACUCCACACUACAGGCUGCCCACCACCACAGAGUUUCCCUAUUCCUAGAUGCUGGCUUCCCUGUCUACCUGUAUGAGUUUGAGCACCACACUCCCACCGGUGUCAUCAUCAAGCCCUGCACUGAUGGGGCAGACCACGGGGAUGAGAUCCACUUCAUCUUCGGGAAUCCCUUCUCCAAAGGCCAUUCCACGGUUGAGGAGAAAGCACUGAGCCUCCAGAUGAUGAAAUACUGGGCCAACUUUGCCCGUACAGGAAACCCCAAUGGUGGGAAGCUGCCUUACUGGCCACGCUAUAACGAGGAGGAGAAGUACCUGCAGUUGGAUUUCAUCACGAGGGUGGGUGUGAAGCUCAAGGAGGAGAAGAUGGCCUUUUGGAUGAGACUGUACCAGCAUUAAGGACCUGAAAAGCAGAGGCACUUUUGAGAGUGGCUGUGCAGGAGGGCGUCUAAGGUAUUUCCCCACCACCUAAGCUUUGGGUAGACUGGCCGUGGACACAUCUGGGACAAGCGUCCUGCCUUCCCCAAUGUAGGACCUGCAGAGAUUCCCUACUAUCUCCAGGCCAGAGCUAGAGCCUAAGCCAGUUGUUUGGGGCUCUGCACUGCACUCUUCAGCCUGACAUCCCAUGAUGCCCCCGUCUCACUGAUUCUAGCAGGUUAGGCCAGGUUCUAUUACUGCUCCACUGUGCCCAGCCACCCAGCCUCAGGACAAACCCAACUCUUCCUUCUCCAAAUCCUCCCACCCUUCAAAGUCUACUUGAACCCUUUGUUUAGAUUUCUUUGGUGAAAUCCACCCAGACUGCCACUGCCCUUACCAUUACACCCAGCUUGUCAUUGACCUUUCAUCCUGCCCAGCCUUGUGCCUGUUCACAUUACACUGGCCUGAGGCCUUGGUCAGAUUAUUUGUUAUGUGGGGUGAAGCUUUGAUAGCUUAGGAUCUUCUCCUCCUUGCAUACUCACCUCCCCUGAAACCCCUCCAAAGCCUGGACACAGGGAUGGUCCUCAAUAAAAACAUGUUGAAUUGA